CAACCCUGGAAGCUUGGGGCUUCCCCCGCCCAACCUGCCUGCAAGAACAUGUCUGAUGAUGAUUGCGACUCGCGCACAGCUUCUGUUGGUUUAUUGAAGGCCCGCCGCAAGCACACAUUCUCCGAGUCUCAAAAAUCAUCCUCAACUGGGAAUUCUGGCAGGCAGUGUUCAAGAAAGGAUCAUACGUUAGGUCGUCGUGACCUUCAGAACUUUGUCCCUAAGGGCGCUUCAUUUACUGUUUCAUCCCUUACAGUUGAUUGCGCGUCUAGUUCGGGUCCCGAUACUGCCAUGGAGGAUAAUUGCGGUGAAAGCACAACUACAGACCUCGCCCCCUCAUCUGUCUCUCCUCCUGCGUCGCGAGGAAUGGCACCGGCAAUGAAUUGGAACAAACUUGGUAAUGGUACCGUUAGAACCGCUCUUCGUGGGCGGCGCCAAGCGGAUACGGUUGGUUCUGCUGCUGCAGCUUCAUUUGAGGCUAUUAAUGGGAAUUACUGGCGCAGUCGGGAUGCGUCUCUUUCGUCUACAGGGAGUGAUAUCGGUGGACAUCAUCCCCGAUUGCAAGGCCAACGGCAAAGCCAUUCCGAAACGGAUGCUUCUCGAAGGAAACCUCAUAUCGGAACAAGUUUAGGUCCAACGACCUUCUCUGCAGAGUUUUCCGAUACGGAUUCUGAACAGGACACGGAUGGAAACAAUGAUAUUGUUCUUAACUUGACUGGUCCUCCUCAAAUAGAUGAUGGGGUUCUAGCCACUGGAAAGCUACGUGAUUGGAAAGAUGAAAUUGCUGUUAGAAAUGACGGCCAAUUUCAAGUUGGGGAAUUUAAUGGAGAGCAACUUAGCGUACCAAACGGCUCGAAACCCCCCAUACAAGUUGGCGACGAUAUACCACAAAACCAGGUUUAUCCUGACAUUGAUACUGGGAGGGCCAUGUCUGAAGGCCCAAAGGCGGAGGCAAUUCGUUUGUUCCGCGCAAAAUACCAUUCAGAUCCUACCACUCUCGCUGAUCUCACUCGUAAUGAUUUCGAGACUCAAGCUAGGUAUAGGUUUUUCGAUUUGCCACUAGAAAAUGUUGACCUCAGUCUGCCCAUAACGUGCAUUGAUUGUAUGAAGGAAGGCCAUCUUGCGGACGUUUGUCCUAGGAAGGAGGCUUGCACCUCUGCUUUGAAAAGUUCAGCUGUCGAAGACCCCUGUGAUUUUUGUGGUUCCAGUGACCAUACUGAGUGCGAGUGUGACUUGAUAUGGAAGCUCCCUAAGCGAAACCCAACCUCAGGCCGCAUAUUUGUUUCCAUAUCUUGCUGUCACUGCACAAGUAGUCGCCAUUUGAUCGGAGAUUGCCCUACACGCACCUUCCCGCUGAACUCCUCAUCCUUCAGCCUUAAACAUUUUGACCCUGCAAUGACUUCCAACCUGAACACUUUCCCUGUUGCUAUUUCUGGCAAGGGAAAUAGUAAUCAGAAUAACCCUGAUUACAGGAUCAGAGGCCGUGCGAGCGCCCGAUCAUCAUCUGUCGAGAGUGAUGGAGGUUUCGGGCGACCAGAUAGUUGGAACCCAAGGAUAAACCGUUCACCCCCACAUAGACGCAUUCGCUUUAGCAGUGGAAUUGGACGUGGUAGGAAUCUUGAUGAUGAUACACGUCGCCCUCAAGGUCCAGGAAACGCGCCCCAUAAUCCCAGCGAUUAUCACCGCGGAUAUAGAGAACGAGACCAAUAUUUCGGUAAUAAUACCCGCCAACGCUCUUUGUCGCCUACCCGACCUCCAAUCCAUAAAAGUAACGGGGCAAGUAGUCGGCAACCUAGGGGCAAAGGCGGCAAUGGCGGUGGUGGUGGUCCCCGAGGUCGUAGCAGAGGAGCCAAAGGGGGUUUAAAUCGGGAAACAAACCGACCUAGGCCCAGCGCGGCUCAGAAAGAGUGGGACCACCAUAGACCCUGA